CAGGUUACAUAUUAUAACUUAUAUAUCUCCGACCUGUACGUUGUUCCUCGUCCUCUCUAUCUCCCUCGACGGGCGCCACCGGCACGCCGGCGUCGACAGAGUGAGAAGAAAAGCGAAAAGAUGAACAGAAAAAGCCCAAAAUCUCUCCUUUUCUCUUCUUCCCAUACCGAAGUUUUAUCUUAUUGAGUAUUUCAGGCAUGGAUCCCUCCGCGGAGCCUAGGGUUCCUGGAUUUGGUUUCCCGUUUGCGGUGAGAAGGUUCAUGUAUCUGACAUUUACUCAAGAAAAAGGCAUAUAUGUGAUAGUUUGUUCAACGUCUGCCAACUCCUCCAAGGAUUGUGCAGAGACACUUGGAUCGUCACAUGGGAAGCCGGCGCUCCCAAGCCCCAAUGACACAACAGUCCUCCCCUACUAUUUUUCCAGAAACCAGAGAGAAAGUAAAAGCACAAAGGCCAAGUGGAUCUGAUAUUGUCAAAGAUGAUGCAGAAAAGGCCAAGUCCCAUGAGCAUAGAAUUGAUAUUGGAGAUGAACAAUCUGACUUGUUAGAAUUUGAAGUAUUCUCUGGAAAACUUUUUCAUGAUAAAAAAUAUAGAACUGUUCAUAAUGAGCAAACUGUGCCAGAAGCAACAGCUGCAGCUUUUGAUGAAGCAAAGCUUACAAGGAAAGCAUUGAUUUGGGGUUCUCAUAUGUUAGGACUUGAGGAUGUUAUAUCUGUAUCAUAUACUGUUGGUGUGCGUUGUUUUACAGUGCAUUCAUACCCAGUCAUAAAGUGGAAACAUGGGCUUUCUUGUUUUUUUAAGCCUAAAAGAAGCAGGAAGGACCUUCGUUUUUGUUCUUCUACUUCAGAAGAAGCCAUCCAAUGGGUUAAAGCUUUUGCAGAUCUACAUUUUUUUGUUAAUUGCUUACCUCAUCUUAUGGUAUCUAAAAAGGAACCUGCCGCUGAGAUUGCUGUCUUUGAACCUCUGUAUGAUGAGCCAACCAUCAAAUGCAGAAUUCCACCAAAAGUGCUCAUUAUACUAAAUCCUUGCUCUGGACGUGGUCGAUCAAGUAAAGUCUUCCAUGGCAAAGUGGAAGCAAUUUUUCAGCUUGCAGGUUUUGAAAUGGAUGUGGUUAAAACAACAUCAGCUGGUCAUGCGAGAAAGCUUGCCUCCAAUGUUGAUUUCACUUCUUGCCCUGAUGGAAUAAUAUGUGUUGGCGGUGAUGGGAUUGUGAAUGAGGUUCUUAAUGGCUUGCUAAGCAGAACUGAUCAGAAAGAAGCCAUUUCAAUCCCAAUUGGUAUCAUCCCUGCUGGAUCUGACAACUCACUCAUUUGGACUGUUCUUGGAAUCAGAGAUCCAAUUUCUGCCGCUCUAGCUAUUGUCAAGGGAGGGCUUACAGCAAUGGACAUUCUUGCAGUUGAAUGGAUCCAGACUGGACGUAUUCACUUCGGCACAACUGUCUCAUAUUUUGGUUUUCUUAGUGAUGUUUUGGAACUCUCUGAGAAAUACCAGAAACAUUGUGGUCCUCUCCGCUAUUUUGCGGCUGGCUUUCUGAAAUUUUUGUGCUUACCCAAAUAUAACUUUGAGCUGGAAUAUCUUCCUACAUCAAAGGUGCUGCUCGAGGCUCAGGGAAAGGCUUUAGAUGAUCAAGAUAAAGUUGAAUUAUCUGAUCUUUAUACAGAUAUCAUGCGGAAAUCAAGCAGAGAAGGACUCCCUCGGGCUUCCAGUUUGUCAAGCAUUGAUUCUGGUUUCUCCCCAAGUAAGACAUCAGGUGUGGACUUGGAGGCAACUGGUGGCAGCAUACCUGCAAGCAUUGAGCCAUCUGAAUAUGUUAGAGGUCUAGAUCCGAAACUAAAAAGACUAUCAAUAGGGAGAAACAAUCUAGCAGAAGAACCAGAAGAAGUCCUUCACCCCCAACAUCAUCUUUCAACUACUCCUAAUUGGCCAAGGACUAGAUCUAAGUCAAGGACUGAUAAAGGCUGGAGCGGUUUACCAGCUGGAAAUACAUCCAGGUUUUCUUGGGCCCCUACGGCAGUGUAUGAUAAAGAAGACAAUUCAUCAACUAUUUCCGACCCCGGACCUCUUUGGGACUCUGAACCAAAAUGGGACUCUGAGCCUAAUUGGGAACCAAAUAAUCUCAUUCAGCUUCCAGAUCAAUCUCAAAAUGUUGAAACGCCAUUCGAGGAACCUGUUCCUAAGGCGGAGGUGAAGUGGGAAGUUAAGAAAGGGAAGUUUCUUGCUGUUUUGGUAUGCAACCAUUCAUGCAAAACUGUCCAAAGUUUAAGUUCUCAGGUUGUAGCACCCAAAGCUCAGAUUGAUGAUAACAGUUUGGACUUGCUUUUGAUUCAUGGUCAUGGGAGAAUAAGGUUAAUGAGGUUCUUUUGGCGCUUGCAAUUUUGUCGGCUACCAUUUGUCGAAUAUGUAAAGGUGAAGUCGGUGAAGGUUAGACCAGGAAAGAAAUCCCAUGCUGCCUGCGGCAUUGACGGUGAACUUCUCCCUGUAAAUGGGCAGGUUCUAUGCUCUCUGCUUCCGGAACAGUGCAGGCUCAUCGGCAACCCUUCCAGGUGCAGUAUAUAGAUUUUUCUUGCCCAAACCUUUUUUGGUCAUUAGUAUUCUAACAACAUUGAGAUUUUGAGAUCUGGCUGUGGAUAUUAAGGGAAUUCCAUCUAAAGUUUCAGUACUUAGGCCAGUAAAUGUUGAUAUGAAUUCCCUUUUUUUUAUGUAUAUUGUUAUGCUUAUUGUUCAUUAUUAGUUCUCAA